GGCGGCAGAAGAUGGCGAGGGUGUGUAGGCGGCAGCAAUGUUCCGUUGAGAGACGCGGCUUUCGGCAAGAACUGGACUCGUGGCGCCACAAGCUCAUCCACUGUGUAGGUCCCGUUUCCCUCUGUGCGGCGGCCGGCGGGACCAUAAGGGCUUAACUCACAUAUUUAACCCCCCUCCAAAAAGAUUUGAAAGUAUUCUUGAAGGGCUGUUUGGAUCUACAUUAUUAAAAGACCUCAGUUUAUUUAAAGAGUGUGAACCUGAAAGCAUUUCUGAUUGGGCUUUUGAUGAAAAUUGUCUGUUCUGUUGCUUGAGAAGAGAUAAAGUAAAGGGACAUUUAGUCGGUUUGGAUGAGCCAGCUUCCGGAGCUGGGCAAGAAGCUUUGCUUAAACAAGAGCACGCAAAAGUCACUCGACUCCAGAGACAAGCAGAAGAGUUCCUCAAUGCAGUCUUUUAUAGAAAAGACAGUCCCUGGGUCUCCGACCCCAAUAUUCCCUUAGUGGCCCGUGAGAUCAUGCAGCGAAUGAUCCAACAAUUUGCUGCUGAAUAUACCUCAAAAAAUAGCUCUACUCAGGACCCCAGCCAGCCCAAUAGCACAAAGAACCAAAGCCUGCCGAAAGCAUCUCCAGUCACCACCUCUCCCACGGCUGCAACUACUCAGAACCCCGUGCUCAGCAAACUGCUCAUGGCUGACCAAGACUCACCUCUGGACCUUACUGUCAGAAAGUCUCAGUCAGAACCUAGCGAACAAGACGGUGUACUUGAUUUAUCUACUAAGAAAAGCCCAUGUGCUAGCAGCACUUCCCUGAGCCAUUCUCCAGGCUGCUCCAGUACUCAAGGGACCGGAGAGGAUUCAACAGAAGCACCCGUUGUUGAUUCUAACCACCAGUCAAAGGCUCCACUGGAGAAGUUUAUGGUCAAGCUGUGCAUUCAUCAUCAGAAGCAAUUUAUCCGUGUCCUGAGUGACCUGUACACUGAAUCUCAGCCAGGUUCUGAGGACCUGCAGCCUCUGGAUUCCACAGUGAUGGAUGUCUCUGCUUGCGAUUCCAGUUGUGCCCAGCUGAGUGGCAGAGAAAAUGAAAAGGAUGAUGCAUGUCCCGAGGGGGGUUCUCCUGCUUCUGUAAAGUUGUUCUUAGACUCAUCAGGUUCUCCUGGCUCCCUGAAUGUGACUGAGGAAACCAUGAAGGAACCACCUUCUGAGACAGACUGUGUAGAUGGGAGAGAGAAUGCCCUAAGCACUGUCCAGAAAGAUUCCUCUGAACCUCCAGACGCUCAACAUAACCUCACAGGUUCUACAGACAGUUCCACCAUAGGAUGCCUCAGUACAUUGGGUUCUUCCUCUUCUAACUCUCCCCAUGGUUCUAAAAACUUAGAGGGGCAAACCACUGGCCAGGAGCAAGACACAAGCAUGAAACCCUGUGAGGAUGCUGAAGACAGUGCCCCAGCAUCAGUCCAAAGUCUGGCUGCAGUGGAGGUGGUGGCUGAGAAUACUGAAGAGGGUGGUAGCUGUAUUGUUGCUCAAAGAAACUCAUUCAAAGCUUUAUCAGACGAGACAUGGGACUCAGGGUUUAUGGGAAACUCAUCUAGUACUGCAGACAAAGAGAAUGCUUUACAGUGUAGCUCAAAAACAUCCUUACACCAGGAUUUAGAGACAGAUGAGCAAGAUGCAAGGCCAAAGCAAGAGAACCAUCUUCAUUCACUAGGUCGAAACAUGGCGGGUUUCCAGACGUACCCCAGAGACAAGGGCCAUUUUGAUCAUUCCAAAAGUGGUUGGUUAGCUUCCAGCCCCAUGCCAGCUGUACACAAAGCAUCCAACGGUCACUCACAAGCCAAGAUGAUGUCGCCCUCCAUCAAGACUGCUCGGAAAAGUAAGAGGGCAUCAGGGUUGAGGAUCAACGAUUACGACAACCAGUGUGAUGUUGUUUAUAUCAGUCAGCCGAUAACGGAGUGCCACGCCGAGAGUCAGAGAGCCACGCAGGCUUCUCGGAAAACAGCCCGGAAGAGUACCCGGGGAUACCUUUUCAAUGGCGAUUGCUGUGAGCUGCCAACUGUUCGCACAUUGGCCAGAAAUUUAUGCUCCCAAGAAAAAGAAAGCUGCUCGCAGGUAGCAUCAGAGGCAGUGGUAACUCCGAAGCAGACUCUUACAGUUCCCACCUCAAAGCAUACAGUAGGUGUGCAGCUUCCCUCAGUAGAUACCUGUGAUGAUCCUAGGAAAGAAAGCACCUCCAUUGAGGAAGGGGACGAAGACACAUCAUCAGUAAAAGAGCAUCAAGAGCCAGAAGUCUGCACCAUGAGUGAACAGGGUCCUGGUAGCUCCCCUAGGCCAGGGGAGACCACAGCCUCUAGUCCAGCACGUCUUCUGCCUGCUCUCCUCCCUAACGAGGAUGUAUCUGAUGUGCCAGAAGGCAGCAAUGUGGUCUCACCUCCCACAGAAAGUGUACCAUCUUUCCAUGAGCAAGACCAGCCACCAGCCUCCCUGCUAGGCCCAGAGGAAUUGCAGGCACAGGAGUGCCACCUGGUUCUGACAGCUGGAAGCAUCCCCUUCACCUCCAGGGAGGACAGUAAAGAUCUUCUCUGUAGACCUGAGUCUUCUCCUGAAGCAGCCAUCAGAGAGGAGAGUUCUCCAUGCUCAGAAGAUGAAAGUCUUGCUGCAGCCUUAGAUCCUCCCCUAGGUCUAGAACUGUCUGAGCAUGACCACAGCACUAGCACUGAGGCUGAGACCAGAGACAUCCCUGGGGAGACACUGUUGCUAGAUGACUCCCUGCCCCUCCUGGAGAGCAGCAUUGUCGCUGAUGAGAACCCAAGCGAGAUGGAAGGAGGUGAGGUGGCAAGUGGGACAGGACACCUGGAGGCCCAUGACAAUGAUAUGCAAUACUCAACAGAAAAUGAUCCGAGUGAACCAAACUCUGACUCACCUGAAGAGAAUGUGGAUAAAAAGAAAAAGGCUAAAAAGCUCCCUGAGGCCUCUGAUAGGUGCCUAAGAAGUCAGCUUGUAGAUUCUUCCUCUGCUGACAGGUACCCAGGAAGCCAGGGUUUGGAUUCAUCUGCUGCUUGUUCUGAAAUUAAGGUUUCUAAAAAUCCUGCUGUAAAGCAUUCUAAAAGAGAAGGGGACUCUGGUGGGGUGACAUCUGAGGGUCCAGUGAUUGACAGCAUCCAUACAGACAAUCUGGAGGACACUGAAGACCUUGGUGUCAGUGAACAUUCCUCUGAUGAAGAGACCAAGCAGGAGGCUGAAGGAGUUGGCGUCAUUACAAGGCAGACUGUUAAAAACAUACUGGCAAAGGAAGUUAAAAGGGAAGAGGGAGGGACUUCCCCACACACUGACCCAGCCACUGUUGGCCAGCCACUGCUUGGGGACAACCUGGAAACCCAUGUCUGGUCCAAGACAGAUGAGAGAGAUGCCCAUGUGCCCUCAGAAAGCAUUUCUUGCGAGAGGGACCCAGAGCAGGUAAAAGAGAGCUCAGGACACAUUGCCAUACAGGACAGGGAGGCCGCGGGGAGUGAGGUAGACACUGAGGAUGCCCACCAUAAAGACGAUGCUGGCCUUGCUCCGUGUGGCUCAGCUGGGAUAUCAGCCAGUCAGAGUGGUGAUGCUGCUGGGCCACCAAGAUGUGUUACAAGGCCUAAGAAACCACCGCCUUCUACCUACAACCUGAGACACGCUCACGGUGCGGAUGCCUUGGACACUAUGAAAACGACUUCAGAAAAGCAAGUCACACAAGGAAACCCAGCACCAAAGGAAAGCGGAGCUUCUGAGAGUGCAGAGCCCUUAGAUGAGGAUGAUUCGGACAUGGUGGAGGAGCAACCCAAGUUCAUGGGAUGGUGCGCAGAGGAAGAGAACCAGGAGCUGAUCGCCAGCUUCAACGCCCAGUACCUGAGAGUUCAGAAGGGCUGGAUCCAGUUGGAGAAAGAGGCUCAGCCAACGGCAAGAGCAAGGAGCAAGUCUGACAAGCUGAAGGAGAUUUGGAAGAGCAAGAAGAGGUCACGGAAGUGUAGGGGCUCACUGGAGGUGCAAAAGUUUUCUCCUGUUCAGAUGCUGUUUAUGACAAACUUUAAGCUGUCUAACAUCUGUAAGUGGUUCUUAGAGACGACAGAGACUCGAUCGCUGGUCAUUGUGAAGAAACUGAAUACUCGUCUUCCAGGAGACAUCCCCCUUGUUAAACACCCUCUUCAGAAGUACCCUCCUUCCACCAUGUACCCUAGUUCACUACAGGCAGAGCGCUUGAAAAAACACUUAAAGAAAUUCCCUGGAGCCAUUCCUGCUAAGAAUAAUUGGAAGACACAGAAGCUAUGGGCUAAGUUACGAGAGAAUCCUGACCAGGUAGACCCAGAAGCUGCCAGUGAUAUCAGUCUUGGCCCUAACAGUGAAGACAGUGUGGAGGAAGUCAGGGAAGGUAGACAAAGCCAUCCUCCCAUCAACUUGCCUACUCCAGCCAGCACUCGGAUCCUUAGAAAGUAUUCGAAUAUUCGAGGAAAGCUCAGAGCACAGCGUCUAGACAGCUCACUGGGUGGGGCUUCUGAAAUUAAGCAGGGCCGCAAGAGUGUGUGCAUCAACCCGCUAAUGUCCCCCAAGCUCGCCCUCCAGGUGGGUGCAGAUGGGUUUCCCGUCAACCCCAAGAGGGCUGAAAGAAGCAAGGGGAGAAGAGGGAAGCAGAUGCCGGAAACUUUGCUUAAAGUGGAAGGUCAGAACAAGCGCAAAAGAGCAGAAGGCUCCGGUACUCAAGACGGUAAGGACAAGGGGCCGGCAACAAAAGCCAGCAGAGGCCUUUCUGCCAAGAAGCUAGCUGCAAAGGACAGAGCCAACCAACUAUCCAAGAAGAUGACCUUGAAAGAAAAUAAAGUGAGAGUCUGUAGAAAGGGUCCUGGAAGGAGCUGCCCGUCAUCCAGGAAAGAAAAAGAGAAUGCGAACAGAAGACCUGGCCAUCCCACGGCAGCCUCCGAAGCGCUGACAAGGCCUUCAAAACAAAGGGGUGCAAAAGAAGCCUCUACAAAGACCCCAAAGGCCGGGAGGAGAAACCGGAAGCUGAGCAGUGGGAGGGGCCGAGCCAGACCCCUGGCAAAAAGUCCAGAGAACCGGACUGCCCCGAGAAAAAGAAAGCUCAAGGCCAAACUGGACUCUUCCCUGGGCAAGCGGAGGCGGUUAGAAGCCAAGUGAUAGCUGGAUAGCCACUGAGGAACGGGCCCAGGAAAGCAACCUUUCUUUGUGGAUUAACAGAGCCUGUUUUUAUAAGCUUAUCAAGCCUUUCUCGUUGUAGUUAUGGGGAACGCCAGUUUGAGAUGUCAGAAAAUGCAUCUGAGCUGGAGAAGGGAACUUGUAGAGUUCUUCUCUGGGGCUAAGAAAGUUGUAUGUUAUUUUCUGGUUGUUCCUUGGGUUUUAAACUUGGAACCAAGCAGUUUUUAUUUUAAGAAGUACAGUGCCUUAUUUAUCCUUUUUGUUUAAAAAUUUACAAAAGCUAAGAAGCUGAUGUAUGUGACUAAAGGCUUGUAUUUUAUACUUGACGCACAAGCACUUGUUCUGUCACUGAGGAGGCUGCCACCACACUUGGACGAGCAAGCGAGCGAGCGAGGAGCCGUCAGCAGCUGCCUGUGCGCCCCAGACAGGUGCAGUCCGCAGCACAACUCCCUCUCUGUCUUGUUUGGUUUUUAUUUGAUUGAUAUUUGAAAGCUGAACCAAAUCUUUUCUAUGGUAUGUGGAGAAUGCAGGGGAUUUAUAAUUAUUAUAAUAUUUCUGUUACUUUUCUUCCAAAACUCAUUGUUGAUCACCCCUUCAUCUUUUUAUUUUUUAAAUCAUUUCAGAUCAUGUUCUCAAAUUUGUGUGCCCAUGGGUCAAAGAUGUCCUGCAGUCUCUUUUGUUGGUUUUUUGUUUUGUUUUUGUUUUGUUUUGUUUUGUUUUGUCCCAAACUCUGUAACUACUAACAUGAAGGUAGUUUGACCGUUAGGAUGAGUAACUCCUGUUUUCUUUCUUACACAA